UACAAUCCAAAUAUAAAGUAUCUAUGAUCAACCCUGGGCUAGUUUUAGUAUAAGGUCCAGAUUUUUUACAUUCUAAUUGCUUUAAAGCUUUUUUAAAACAUUUUUAAAGCAAUUUUUUUCCAGCCCAACAAAAUGUAUUUCUUUUUUUUAAAUAAAUCUGUUCCAAGGAGUCGCACUUCCACAAUCUCCAUGGCUAAAUGCCCAGCCACAAUAUUUAGGUGUGCCAUCCCACUAAAUAAUAAUACUUCCACUUUGUAAUCCACUGAAAUGUGAUCAGUUGUGCUGUAAUCCUCUUUAACCGGCAUCCCUGAUUGUAUAUUAUAUUAUAUGAAAGUGUCCUAAUGGGCGAUGGACCAACUUGUACUAUAAUGUGUCCUGUGAGGGAAAAUUAGCUUAGAGCAUUAUUAUGGAAAUAGGCAGCUGCAACUAAUGAUUUUUGAAGUAAUCUGAACCAUCUGCCUCUCUAUACUAUCCAGUUCUUCCUCUAAUCCAGAUUAUGGCUGACAAACCAUUUUUGGCAUAUGGUUCCUAGUGACUGUGUGUCCUUGACAGAUACAACAGACACAUUUACCCGUGCGUAAGGUGGAAUAUCACUCUUGACUCUGCUCGUUUUAUGUUUUGGAAACUGUAAGGGAUAAAAAAAAAAAACCCCAGAAACAAUGUCUUUCCUACUGAAGACUAUGGUAGGGAAUCCGAUGAAAAGUUUUGGGCUUGGUGGUUCAAAUGAAGAGAAGAAAGACGAAGGUGAAGCCACUGACCCGGCAGCAGCAGCAGGGAUGACUCGAGAAGAGUUUGAAGAGUAUCAGAGGCAGCUAGUGGAGGAGCAGAUGGAAAGAGAUGCUCAGUUUGCCCAAAAGAAAGCAGAAAGAGCUACGUUAAGGGUCCAUAUGAGGGAAAAAUAUAGACUUCCAAAGAGUGAAAAGGAUGACAACCAGAUCCAGAUGGCAGGAGAUGACAUUGACUUACCCGAGGAUCUCCAGAAAAUGGUGGCUGAAGAUCAGGAUGAAGAGGAAGAAAAAAGUUCUAUACUGGGACAAAUCCAAAACAUUCAAAAUAUGGAUAUGGACACCAUUAAAGAAAAGGCGACAGCUACAUUUACGGAAAUUAAGCAAACGGCUGAAGAGAAAUGUGCCCUUAUGUGAUCUUGAAACACCCACUGUUUAUGGUUGACUACAUCUCCUCUUUAUGAUUAAAUGCACCUUGUUUUCCAAUAUCACAGACAAGAAUAGGAAGGUGGUGUUAUGUGAAAAACUGUUGGACAGAACGGAAAAGAAAAGCCAACACUGCUAGAAAAAAAAAUUGCUGACAUGUCACAUGUACAACUUGGUUUUUAUUUGCUGCUCCUUGUGGGUAUUUUAUACAUUAGUGGAGGACAAGUGCAAAACUGUUAUAAUAAUAUCUUGUAAAUACUACUGUCAUUGAACACAAGAGUAAAUUAUAUAGUGAAUAAAGUACCCCCUCGUAAAAUAUAAGGAUAUUAUAAGUUACCGAGGAGUUUCAUGACCA